AUGAAUCUAUCUCAUGCUUGUCGAUGCCUCAUUUUAAAAAUAUCCCUAUCUGAACCGUUUCAUAUCUAUCUAUUUGUCUGUCUGUCUGUCUGUCUGUCUAUCUAUCUAUCUAUCUAUCUAUCUAUCUAUCUAUCUAUCUAUCUCCUGUUCCGAGAUAGAUUGUUAGCUCUCUAUAUAAACUUGUUCUUAUCUAUCUAUCUAUCUAUCUAUCUAUCUAUCUAUCUAUCUAUCUAUCUAUCUCAGUCUGUUCAUAUCUAUCUAUCUAUCUAUCUAUCUAUUUAUCUAUCUGUCUGUCUAUUCAUUAACUAUCUAUCUAUCAGUCUGUCUGUUCAUAUGUAUGUAUGCAUGUAUGUAUCUAUCUAUCUAGCAAGCAACCUGUCUAUAUCUAUCUAUCUAUCUAUCUAUCUAUCUAUCUAUCUUAGUCUGUUCAUAUCUAUCUAUCUAUAUAUCUAUAUGUCUGUCUGUCUGUCUGUCUAUUCAUUAUCUAUCUGUCUAUCAGUCUGUCUGUUCAUAUUUUGUUUAUAUAUCUCAAUUCUCAUAUGCCAAUUUUUAACUUUAACUAUCUAUCUAUCUGUCUAUAUUAACAUAUCUAUCUAUCUAUAUAUCUAUCUAUCUAUCUAUCUAUCUAUCUAA